CAAGAUGCUAUCCAACACCAAAGAACGACCUGACCCCUCGUCGCACUCGCCAUUCCUCCAUCAUGCACAUGUUGUCAUGCAGCGUAAUGUCGUCCAUGCUCGUGAAUCUGAGCGCAGCGGCGGGGUCCUUCCUGGCUAUCACACUGUUCUUCUGGCUGGUGAACUUCCGCUCGCUGUCGUUGCGAUGGUUCAUCUUUGAGAUCCUGGGUCGGCUCAAGGGGGUUCCAGUCGUGUGGAUCGAAUGUCCGCUGGCAGCGGCGAGGGUCAUGAAGGGCUCGUCCGACAAAGGCGUAUUCCUUGAACGCACCUUCUCGACACCAGCGUGGCUUCCACUGCUCUCGAUAGAGUCCGUGGACGGCCCACAAUGGAGGUCUAUGAAGGCCAACCUGGUCACGUUCAUGCAAUCGCUGCCCCCCAUGGCAGCGCUGCAAAGCAUCACACAGCGCGUUACUCUAGAAUCAAUGGCGACACUGGACUGCGUGAACGCUGAUGCGAUCGCGUCCAUAUCGGUGGCGGCCUUCUUCGAAUGGAUCUUCCAGUUCAAAAUGCCGACGGCACUGCGAGAUUUGGUGACUGCGGCGUCGUGGGAGUGGCGCAAGGAAAUAGCUCUCAAGGGCGUCGGGGACAUGGCUCUCAAACGCAAAGCUGUGGAUGCGAUCGUUCUCGAGAUCUUGGCGGCGCCACACGUGUGCAAUGUGUUUGGGGCGGCGCAGUGGCUUCAGCCCGAGUUCCAUUCGCUACUCCUUCAGCCAUUCCUGAUCUCCCCAGCGAUAAACGUUGCCGACGUUGCCGUGCAAGUGCACCGCCUGACGACCGUCGACCCGACUCACUAUCCUGACACCAUGCAACAAGCAACGAAUCUCAUCCAUCUCGCGAUCGACACGGCCCAUCCGUUCGUGCUCUUUGAGCGCUAUUUACCCGAGGGCCUGCAAGACGACGUCGUCAACAUCGCGCCACGAACCCAUGUCUUUAUGCCUGUGGACGUUAUGAAAACGGACGCGAUCAUUCGGUUCGGCGCGGGGGCUCGCAAAUGCCCCGGGGCGCAUCUAGGCAUGGCGUGCAUGCUCGGGCUCUUUACAAAAGACGUCCUCGGCCAUGCCAAAUUCCAACCCCAUGUCGGCCAUUUGUACUCGGGACGUGACCAGGAUGGCCAGGAAACGAUGUACGAAACCCUCUACCAAGGUCGCCAGGCUCUGCAUGCGAUGCGGGAUGCGCUCCAAGAUCGGCUCGCAAAAUUACGAUGGACGAAGUAAGCCGUACGGCUCUCUUCGUUGUAACUUAUCCAGUGGCGUUAUGAGGUUGUCGAAAACGCUGCCGCCGUCGUUCUCGCCACAAUUACGUGCGAGCUCCCGGGCCGCCCCAAAUCAAACCACUGCUUUGAUCCUGUUCAUAUUGGCUAUGCACCAUGCAUUCCCGGCGCAACAUAUCACGGACCUACCCACCGACACGUGUGCUUGUGUUCGCUUGCAGGCAUGGCGUUUGUCUUGGAUGGUCGAGGAAGUGUACAAAAAGAAUUUUUAUUCCCAUUAUCCGCCAAAAUUGUCUUUUUAUGCAAGA